AUGGACACCCUUGUCACCAGUCUCCCUCCGGAUGUUGGGGCCAUCCUCAUGCGAAACAUCGCAGUCAUCGAGAUUGUGUCCAUGUUUUCAAUCGGCGCAUACAAUUCUCUCGAGACUGUCGUCCUCAUCUUUGAUGCGUUCAAGCACUACGGUGGACUAUACUUUUGGAGUAUGCAAGUUGCAGCAUGGGGGAUCCUCGUGCAUGCUAUCCCAGCAAUGGCUCGCUUCAUGUCCCAGUCUUCCAAUCUGGCGGUCUCCAUUCCGUUCAUGAUCGGAUGGUACGCGAUGGUCACUGGUCAAGCGAUCAUGCUCUAUUCACGACUAAGAAUUGUUGUCCGCGAUGCUACCCUCCUGCGAUGGGUUUUAUGGAUGAUCAUCAUCACCGCCUGCGCCUUUCAUAUACCCAUGACAGUGCUAUUCUUUGGCGUGAACAGCGGCGACACCCGCUUCGUACGGCCGGCCAUGAUCUACGAUCGUAUCCAAGUAACGGGCUUUUGCAUCCAGGACCUGAUCAUCUGCGGUUUGUAUAUGCGCGAAGCAAUGCGGUCGCUGAAAUUGAUCACGCAGAUGCGCGGUCCCGACGGACGCAAAGUCAUGAUUCACCUCAUUUGGGUGAACGUACUCGUGGUCGUCAUGAAUAUCCUGCUCCUCAUCACAGAGUACAAAGUGCACUAUAUCCAAGUCAGUUUCAAGACAGUGGUGUACAGCAUAAAGCUAAAGCUGGAGUUCUCUGUGCUCAAUCGGCUCUGCACUCUCGUGCAAUCAUCACCGUGUAUUUGUCAACAGAGUCAUACCCAACAAGGGCCACCAGACAAUGCGAACUCUCAGAACGCAAAGAUUGAAAGCUCAAACGAUCGCUCAGGCAUGAAGGAGCGGUCUGAGUUAAACCAGGUCCGCUCGCCACAAGACCUGCCGCCUUCCCAUGCCUCUGGGCUUGGAUCGACACCACCCAAGCGCCCUGAUAAUCAUAUUCGUCUGCGCGAGGACUUUUCUUCGGCGUCGACUUUCUUCGACAGUAAUCUCCCGGGAUCUGCCACGGGAUCAGCAGAAAAUUUAUGCAGAGAUGGAUCAGAAGCGUCCGAUGGAGGGCCAAAACUUGAUGUCUGA